UUUUACUUUUGGCAUGUGCGAGCGAGGACUAUCGUCACAAAAUUUUGUCUUACAGAUCUACUGAUAGAUCUAGGUCUAUCUCAAAUCACACGGUCAAAAGGGAAAAUUUCAGUCUAAGAAUAGAUUAGAAUUUAAAAUGAAAGUUCAUCAAUUAUAAAAUAGACCAGGCCAAUUGAUACAGCCAUCAUCGUCAGUCGAAAUGGGAGUGAAUGUUGUAGCUCUUGUGGUCCUGGUGGUCUUCUAUUUGGUCAUAUUAGCAGUAGGAAUCGUUGCCGCCUGGAAAGUCAAAGUGAAAGGCCGUGAAAUAGGAGUGACUGGUGGACUUGAGACUACGCUGGUGGCUGGCAGAGAUCUCAAGACUGUUAUUGGUAUAUUUACUAUGAUAGCGACAACGGUAGGAGGAGGCUAUAUUAAUGGAACAGCAGAAUCUAUAGCCAAAGAUGGCAUGAUUUGGACACUUGCACCAUUGGGCAUUUUCAUUGGUCUAAAUUUAGGCGGAGCUUUUUAUGCCAGACGGAUGAGAGACUGCGAGUACCUGACCAUGCUGGACCCUUUCCAGCUUCACUACGGCCACAUUGUGACUGUGCUGAUCUACAUGGCCAGCCUCAUGGGGGAUCUUUUGUGGAGCGCAUCCAUUCUCAAUGCAUUAGGCACAACACUAAGUGUUAUCGCCAACAUCCAACUUACUGUGGCAGUCAUCAUGUCCGGCUCUGUCACCACCAUCUACACCAUGAUAGGCAGCAUGAUCUCUGUGGCCUACACAGACGUUGUGCAGCUGGCCUUCAUUUUCAUUGGUCUGAUGUUGAGUUUACCAUUCAUAUUCACCAAUGAAAAGAUUGGGGACUUCUCAGCCAAUCAGACUGUUUGGCUUGGUCAUGUGGAGAGCAACAUGUGGGGACUCUGGGUAGAUCUUCUUAUAGCCAUGACUCUAGGCACCAUUCCCUGGCAGUCCUACUUCCAGCGUGUGCUGUCUGUAAAAAGUGCCAAACAAGCUCAAGUCUUGUCCUUUGUUGGAGCCGUCGGUGCACUGGUCCUGGUGAUUCCUUCUGUCAUGAUUGGCAUUGCUGGAGCUAGUGCAGACUGGAGGAACACAACACAGGGGAGGUCACCGAUGGAGACCAACCAAUCCAGCCUUAUCUUACCUAUUGUCAUAAAUGAGUUUACACCUUCUGUUGUCUCUAUAUUUGGACUUGGUGCUAUCUCUGCAGCAGUCAUGUCCUCAAUGGACAGUGCAGUCCUGGGAUCUAGUUCCAUGUUUACUCAUAAUAUUUACAGUGAAAUCUUCCGCAGAAAUGCUAGCAAGAUUGAACUCAGAAUCGUGCAGGUUGUUGCUGUCAUUUUCAUUGGCUGCAUUUGUAUGUUCAUCGCCCUGUCCUCCAGUGUCAUCUACGGCAUGUUUAUUCUAGCUGCAGAUUUCGUCUUUGUUAUCAUCUUUCCGCAGUUGACUGCCAUUCUCUACUGCCCAAAGUUUACAAACACUCUAGGCUCAGUGGCAGGGUAUCUAGUGGGAUUUCUCCUGCGUGUUGGCGCAGGUGAGCCGCUCAUUAACAUGCCAGUUUGGAUUUAUUUCCCUGAAAUCUCUGGCCAGAUGUUCCCGUUCAGGACUUUUGCUAUGAUAGUGUCAUUUGUGACAAUUGUAGUUGUUACAUUUUUGACCAGACUCAAGCCAGUGAGUCGUUUCUUUAUCAAGUUUGAACGAACGUCUGCAGAUGAAGAGCGAUCAAGACAUUUGAUGCAAGACAGGAGUGGAAUGACACUCGCCCACACAGACAGCUCCGAUUCUGAAGCAGAGAAAAGCAAACAGAUUGUAUCCAAAAAGGAGAAAAAAGUUGAUGAAAUGGAGUUGUGCUCGGCCAAUGGAAAGUUCAGGAAAAUAGACUCUUGAUAGUACAGUUUUCAUUUGUUAAUGUUGCCGUCAGAAUGACACUCUGUUCAUUCCAUCUAAAGAAUACAGUGAUAUAGUUUUCUAUUUAUAAAUCCGUUGCCAACUGCAAGCUUUUUUUUUUUUAUCAAUCUUUUAUCAAAUUUUUUUAUCAUGAAGAAAAAGAAAAGUGUACACUUAAAUCUUUUUGUAAGUUCAGAAAGUUUGUGUAAAUCUAUAAACACUAUCUGUAUGUUUUAUUGUAUACCGGUUCCAAAAAUAUAUUUUUUCUACAAAAGGUUUCAGGACUCUAAGAAUACAUAUUUAUUUUUAAUAGUAAUUUUUUUUUACAUUUGUUUGUAACCGCAAUGGUUUCUGUAUGCUAUAUUGUUUACCUAAUAUAAUUUUUUACAAAUAGUUUUUGUCCUUAUUUUUACUUACUGUAACUCUCCUUACUAAAAUAUCAACAUUAUUUUGUCUUCACUUUUUUGGACUGAAUGAUAUUGUAGUCAAACAUUAGCCACAUGACCAUAUAAGCCUGGCAUAUCAAAGCAAGAGCUGCUUGUUACAAAAACUUAAGUUCAAUGGUAAAGUCAAAUUAUGUUUGAAUCAUUUAGAAUUUCAAGAUAAUAACAGCAAAACAAAAAAAAAACUGUUUUGUCAUCUGUUUCUGUGUUGUGACCCAUUCAACCAGUUGAUGAGUUGUCUGGUGUCUGUUUUAGGUGUAGUUUUGGUAAAUAGACUGCAAAAAAAUGAAAAUUUUCAUAAUAGGCAUAUUUUGAUAAAAAGAUGUUAAAAAUCUUUUUUAUGUGCAUUCACACCAUAAAAGUAGAUGUGGUGGCUAAGUGGUAAAGCACUUAGUGUUCUCAGGUUCGAAUCCAGGUGAAGACUGGGACUUUUAAUUUCAGGAUUCCAGGCGCCUCUUGAGUCCACCCAGCUCUAAUAACCUGACAUUAGUUGGGGAAAAGUAAAAGCAGUUGGUCGUUGUGCUGGCCAAAUGACACCCUUGUUAACCUUGGGCUAUAGAAACAGAUGACCUUUACAUCAUCUGCCCUGUGAAUCACAAGGUCUGAAAAGGGAACUUUACACCAUAAAAUAUUUUGGCGUACUAGGCAGAACAGAUCGCAAAGUAACUGAUGAAACAAUUAGGAUAUAAGCUCAACACACACACACAUAAAGUAUACCAGAGUUUACAGGAGAUCACUGAAACAUUUACAUGUACAUUUGUUACAUGUCUGCAUCAUGACUUAGUUUGGAUGGAAUUAAGCUGCUACUUCCAAAAGGCUGGGGCCACUGCAAUUUGACAAGCUUGGAUGUAAAAAAAAUAUAUACUUCAGCAAAGUAUCAAAGUUUUGCUUUUUUUACUUCUUGCAUUUUAGGACAUUUUGGUAAAUCAAUAUUGAUAAAGAAAAAUAUGCAGAUUUUUGUUUUGCUUUUAAGUUUUUUUAAUCUAUGACAUAUCUGGCCAUAUCAUCAUCUUAAGUCAAUUUUUGAUUUCAUGUAUUGUUAAAUAUUGCGUUUGUGUUUAUUUGUUUUUAUGUGAAAUUUAAAAAAAUGUUGCAAGGAUCCUAAUCAUAUUUAGUACAUAAACUAGUUGAUGAAUUAGGAUAUUUUAGUAGUGCUGUUCUAAAUAUAUGUUUAUCAUAUCCUUCAUCGUGGUGCUACAGCUCAUGCAGGGAACUGUUUGAACACAAGUUGCUUCAAGUUCUCAUUAGAUUUUCAUCUCAAUGUCCUAACUCAUCUGCCUCUUCAUCUUCAAGCUAUGUUAUUCAUGGUCUGCCUUUGGCUUGUCUUCUUUUUGGAUUUAGUCUGUAGACUAUUUUUUACCCUCUGAACUUUGACAUACUUUCAUAAUGAGGUGCUUAACAUAUUCUUGUUUUCUUUUUUGCUGUAGAUAACUCUUCACAUAAUUGAAAUCUUCUGGUUAGUGGGUGUCCUCCAGCCAGGUUCUUCAUGUAUACCCUCUCAUACUUUUGUAGGAUUUUUCCUAAGUAUUUGGCAGAUUUUAUGGUGUUUUUAAUUAGUGUCCUGGUCUCACAUAGGUGACUACUGGUCUUAAGAUAGUUUAUUUUCAUAGAUGCACUGUCAACAUAAUCUUCUCAUGAGCUGGAAAUAUUUGCUGUACAGAGUGACAUGUUUCCUACGUACUUAAACAACUGUUACGAAUUGAAAUUCGAUUCAAAUUUUUUUUUUACUUAAUCUCAGAAUUAAGUAUUUUGAGUCAUUUAAGUCUUGAUUAUAUUAUUUUAAGCUUGUUUGUUUAGUCUUCGUUAAAAUUAUACAUUUUAAUAAAUUGUUACCUAUCGAAGAAAUGGUUUGUAGCUUUGUUGACACUUAUAAACUUCUUUGUGCUGUCAGCUUGAGUUGUUGUAGCUAGUUCUUGGAUGUUUUCUUUUUUUGGCAAUUUCCUUUUAUUUGUAUACCGGUACUUGUUGAUUUAUUUUUAUUUAUUUUUUACUUUUUGUUUAAAUUCUCAAUUUAUUAUCUUCAAAUUUUAUUAGCAAAACAAUUUUUAUUUAAAUACUAAUUCCAACAUUUUGAUAGAUCUUUUAAUAUCAGGUAUUUUUGUCAUAUCAUCAACAGAAAAUUGUAUGAAACAUUUGUUUCUUUAGAUACUUGAUUAAUUGCGUAGUACUUUGAUACUAGUGAAAGUGUACUGCAACAUUGAAAUAAUGUAACUGCUACAUUGAAAUAAUGUAACUGCUACAUUGAAAUAAUGUCUCUUUUUUCACUAAGCUGAUAUUAUUGUCCAGACAAAUUUAUGCAAAAUAUCUUCUACCCAUACAAAGUUUAUAGCAAACUAUUUUAUUUACUAUAAAUUUGAGUUGAAACUGGGCAUAUAUCCUCUUCAUUUUUCAGUAUAAUUGUAAUUUCAUUGAUCCCCCUCAAUCAUUGAAUGACUAUUAUUUCAACAAUCAAAUAACUUAUAGCCCAAGAGAAAUAAUCCAGUAAUUUCUUUUUUUAGACUGUUGUUUUAUGUCUAUAUGCGACAUACAUUAUUUUUGUUAAAGAUUGUUUUGGAAUGUUUUAUACAAAGUAAAUCUUGGAUUUAGUUUUAAUGUAUUUAUUUAAGAAAAUUUCUAAAAUUGGAUGGUUUCACCAAACUUUAAAGACUAUUGAGUCUUCGAGUUAGAAUUGUGAUGAUUUAUUUAUGGUUCAGACUAAAAGAUAGAUACAUGACAUAAUGUAAGCAAAACAAAUGAAUUUUGGUCCUUGUGCUAGCCACGGGACAACUUGGUUAACUGCGAGUCAAGUGAACUUGAUCCAUCUCCACUAUUGACUACUUGCAUUUGAAUUAAUUUUUCUACAAUUUUACAUUGUCAUCUUUCCAUCUCUACAGCAAAGCUAUAACAGGGCAUUCCUUUUUUUUUAUUGAAUUUUUUUUUUAGUAACUCCACAGCUAGCUUAGCAAGUGGAUACUGCAUCAGAGUCAGAUAUUGCAGUUGAUCCAUCUCUUUCCUUUCCAUGUCACAUGAUAAAGAUUGGCAUUUGGAGGCUUUUAGGUUGUUAUUCUGUGGCAUUUUACGUCUCGAGAGACGAUCUUUUCCCUUUGCAACUUAUUAUAAUUGGUAAUCUAUGUAUUGCAAUAUGAGGGCAAGCUAUGUUGAAGUCAUUAAGGGAUUAUAAUUGGUCUUGUUUGUGCUAGAUGCAAUAUAACUUUAUUUAUUAUUUUCAUUUAACCGUGACAUUUACUGAACAAUUAACUUCUAGUUUUACACCAGCUUUUUUCUUAUGCAAAGUCUUAAUAUAUGUUUUAUUACUUAAAUUGUUUUUAUUCACGAUCUACAAGGUUACAUUUCGCAAAUUAUUCAUUUUUCUUAGUGCAAUUUCCUACAGGUUUUCAAAUAAAUCUAUAGGGACUUGUUUAAUAUAUGACUGAGUAUUCUAUUCACUUAGUUUUCAGGUUUGUUCUCUGGUUUCUCUUUUGUUUUCUGGUUUCUCUUCUGUUCUCUGGUUUCUCUUUUGUUUUCUGGUUUCUCUUCUGUUCUCUGGUUUCUCUUCUGUUCUCUGGUUUCUCUUCUGUUCUCUGGUUUCUCUUCUGUUCUCUGGUUUCUCUUCUGUUCUCUGGUUUCUCUUCUGUUCUCUGGUUUCUCUUCUGUUCUCUGGUUUCUCUUUUGUUUUCUGGUUUCUCUUUUGUUUUCUGGUUUCUCUUCUGUUCUCUGGUUUCUCUUCUGUUCUCUGGUUUCUCUUUUGUUUUCUGGUUUCUCUUCUGACGCAGUAAAAGUAAGAGAGGCUCAGUUAAAGAAAUAAACUUGUUUUGUUCUUAUGAAGUGACUUACUAAAUAUAUCAAAAGUACAAAUCUACUAAGAGUUGAAUGUAAAAAUGUAUAUGGUCAGUAAAAAAAAAAAUGUUUUAUUGUUAUUUAUUGAAUAUGUAAACUUAAAUUGUCUUUGAACUUUGUUUUAUCUAUUUGUACUAAAAUGCAAUGUCUCAUGGAAAAAAAAAUGUUGAUUAAAUAA